AGGCGAGUCGGUCACCUAUAUCCUGGACACUAAGCAGCUAUUGGCCUCGCUCUCCGAACGCCGAUCGUACUGUUCUAGUCCCAGAGCGACCAUUUUUUGUGCUUGUGAUUUGUCGUUGCACAGUUUGUAAUGUCAAGAGUAGAAGACCUCCCUUGCUGCAGAUCCAGCAACGAUGGUGGUCUUCUGUUUGUUAUGCAAAACCGGCACGGCGCGUGUCGUCCUUGCGAUGUAUUUUUUUUUUUCGCCGUAGCUUUAUAUUUUCUCAUUUACAUUUUUCGACUUUGAUUUUUGGGUACUAUCUUCCUUCUUGUUUGAAUGAAUUAAGAAUAACAUCUUCAUAAAAAUGAUCAUAUAUCAGUCGUGCUUUUGACGAUACCGGUAGACGGCUUAAUUGCUGAACAUGAAAAUGUUUGUUUGUAUGGAUGUUCAUGCGUGCCUUUUCUAGAUUAUAGCGCUACACCAAGAUCGAUGUUGUUACAGUUACUUGAAUUUUUUGAUGAAAUGCCACUGCUCUGUUUUUCUGACAUUACAACCGUACGUAUCAUCUGUGUAUCGCUCCAGUGACUACCGCCAGUGGAGCAACUACUUUUUGUGAAUUUCGUUUUCGGGUGAAUCGAGGUCGUGCACCUUCGCAAAAGGAC